GGGACGUGAUGAAGAAGGGGGGGAAGAGAAUCCAGCUGUUUUCUCACCCCCUCCCUAUGAGGGGCCAACUGCUCCUUCCUUGACGGGUCUUUACCCACCACUGACUGAUUUAAAUAAACCAGAAAAAGAAAAAAUGACGUUAAGAGGAAUAGGGAAAAAACUUGAAUGGAGUAAAACUAUGCGGGUUGGUUUGGAAGAAGCUGGAGGGUCAUCUGAACUUGCUGAGACAUUUCCAAUGAUUGAAGUGCCCAAUCCUAGAGCUGGAGAAGAUGGCCAGAGACCUACACUUCUUGUGUUUAGGACCUGGACAGUGGAGGAUGUUAAGAAGGCAGUAGAGGGAGUUAUCUCUCACAGGGAAAAUCCACAGGAUUUUCAUGAGCAAAUGAUGGAAGUUCAGAGAGCUUAUCAUCUGAAUGGCAUUGAAUGUCAGCAAGCAUGGAUGACUGCUAUGAAAGCAGACUGGGCAAAAGUAAAGGGAAAUUGGAAUCCUAUGAAUGAUGACGAUCCACCCAGACCUCUUCCACAUAACAGUCAAGAGUUAAUUCAAAGUCUUACACUUUUAGGACAAAGAAUUAGAGAAGCCUUUCCAAUGAGACCUGACUAUGGAAAGAUUGGUCAAACUAAACAAAAAGAUGGAGAGUUAGUGUCUGAUUUUAGAGUCAGAUUUGAAGAAGUUUUUAAAGCUAACAGUGGACUCAGAGAUGAUGAUAAUGAUGAUGGUGCCUAUAGACAGCAGCUGAAACAAGCCUUACUGCAAGCUAUGAGACCAGAGAUUGCAGACUGGAUAAGGAAGCAUUACAUUGAUCUACCUACAGGAGCACUACAACAGUUUAUGAAUUUUGCUGUUCAUGCAGAAAAGGUGAUGGUGAAUAAGAAGAAAGUUAGAAAUCAAAGUGUAGAUACAUUUUGGCAGGAGGAAAGUAGUGAUGUGUUUUUUGGAAGGAACAUGAACAGAGGAAGAAAUCGUGGACGUGGCCAAGGGCGUGGUCGUGGAAAAGGAAAUUUUAAAGGAAGUUUUAGAGGAAGGUUUAGAGAAAGUAGCAACAGAGGGUCAGAGCAGGUUGAUGAUGGAUGUUGGAUUUGUGGACAGAGAGAUCAUUGGUUGAGAGAUUGUCCCGAAAGAAAGAAAUCAGAUUGACUAGAUGGUAGAAGUAAUGUCAAGAUUAACAAUGAAUCUGAACCAGAAAUUCAACCAAUUUGUGAUGAAUUUUUAGAUCUCACUGAAGGGGAAAUAGUUUUUGUUGAUGGGUCAGCAAAGAAAGAUGAAACAGGCAGAAACAAAGUGGGUUUUGCUGUUGUAACUCAAGAUAAGGUUUUGAAGGCAGGACCCCUG